AUGAGUAAAAAGGAUCGUUCACAAGGAAAUGUCCCCUUCUCGUGGGAGAACAAGCCCGGGGUAAGCAAGGUGGCGCCACAAGAAUACGGGAUCGACGACCAGAACCACCGUCUUGCACCGGUGAAACUGCCGCCUCCGCCUUGUCCGCCGGAAAACGGUAGGGCUUCUUUCCAUGAAAUGCAAAUUCCACUUCCACCAUGCGCUUUCCAACAGCAAUCAAGAAAUGGUUCAAGAAAGGGUCUUAAAAAGAUUGAAGAUCCAUUUCUUAUGGCCUACAAAGAGUGCACCAAGAGCACUAGAAAAGGUAAGAUGACUGGUCGAGAAGUUGAUCAAGGGAUUGGACUGUUCAAAAAGAAUGUACCUGUGUCUGUUUUUUCAUGUAAGAAGUCAUGUAGUGUGAGAGAGGAUAGUAUAGUUAGGUUAUCUCAUUUACCAGUUUCAAGACCCCCUAGAGAGAGAUAUAGAUAG